UGCGCGCCGCCUCUCCGCCGGCGCGUGCACGAGCGUCGGCAAAGCCGUCCGCCGCCGCUCUGCAGGCGCGCAGUGCCCUCCGCAAACUUCGACGAGCUGUAACCUUCCCCGAGGAAACCAAACGUGCCCCCAAAACCCCGUUUGUUUUUCGGGUUGCGUCCUCUGUUCGGUUCGAACGAGGCUAUAAAAUGGAAAUCACUUCGGUUGAAAUAUUCAAAGAAGACAAUAAGUGCCUCCUUGAAGACUGCCCGGGGAAUUCUUCCGCCUGGAUGUCCGGAUACUCCGAGAGCCGCAACGUGAGCCAGGAUGAUAACUGGGAGCCGGAAGGCAUGUCGCCCAUCAUCCCCAUCAUCACCGCAGUCUACUCCGUGGUGUUUGUGGUCGGCUUGUUGGGCAACUGCCUCGUCAUGUAUGUGAUCAUCAGGUACACAAAGAUGAAGACCGCCACCAACAUUUACAUUUUCAACCUGGCUCUCGCCGAUGCACUGGUCACCACCACGAUGCCCUUCCAGAGCACGGACUACCUGCUCAACACCUGGCCCUUCGGCGAGGUGGUCUGCAAGGUCUUCAUCUCCAUCGACUACUACAACAUGUUCACCAGCAUCUUCACCCUCACCAUGAUGAGCGUGGAUCGCUACGUGGCCGUGUGCCACCCGGUGAAGGCCCUGGACUUCCGCACCCCGGUCAAGGCCAAGAUGAUCAACGUGUGCAUCUGGAUCCUGUCGUCGGCGGCGGGCAUACCUGCUUUCGUCCUGGGGGGCACCCAGACGAAGAGCGACAUAACCGAGUGCGCCCUGCAGUUCCCCGAGCCGUACGUGUACUGGGACACGCUGAUGAAGAUCUGCGUGUUUGUCUUCGCCUUCGUCGUGCCCGUGCUCAUCAUCACCGUGUGCUACUCCCUCAUGGUCCUGAGGCUGAAGAGCGUCCGGAUGCUGUCCGGCUCGAGGGAAAAAGACCGCAACCUGCGGCGGAUCACGCGGCUGGUGGUGGUGGUGGUGGCCGUGUUCGUGGUCUGCUGGACGCCCAUUCACAUCUUCAUCCUGGUCAAGGCGCUGGCCAGCGUGCCCGAAACCACCGCCAUCAUGGCCGCCUACUUCUUCUGCGUGGCUCUGGGCUACACAAACAGCAGCCUGAACCCCGUCCUGUACGCCUUCCUGGAUGAGAACUUCAAGCGCUGCUUCAAGGACUUCUGCGUCUCGGCGAAGCUGCGGGGGGGGGAGAAGGUGUCGGGCAGCAGGAGGAACCCCAGCGGGCGGGAAGCCGGCGUCCCCCUGGGGAACCCGCAGGGCGCCACGAAGCCGACGUGACUAGCGGUGGAACUGUCUUCCAUCUCUUACAUUGGAAAAGAGGACUCGCGUGACCUUGGCCUAACCCAUGUCACAUCAGCAGUGUAGCGUUGGUCUUUGUUGCCGUUCAUUCUUUCCGUUAUCACUCACUGUUUUUAUCCCGUGCCCACAUUAAACGACGCAACGCUCGGAUUCGUGUUAUUUUCCUCAUGAUUGUGUGUUGAGAUGGAAGACCAAAUGUUUGUCUUCAACAGUGUCCAUAUCACACAAGACGUAAUUUCCAAAGAAAAUUGUUUUAUUUAAUGUGAAAAAAGAAGAUGGUCACAUGAUUGGCUUCUUCUCACAGUGUACUUAUUACAUCAGUGUGUUUAUGGUCAUAUGCUCAUUUAGUUUCCUGCUUCCUUUCUCACAUUCUGUGUAUUCCUGUCAAACCUGAUUGCCUUCAACAGUCCAGGAUAGCGGAUGUUUGUAACAGAGAAAUAAUUAUUUUAGUAAUUAUUAGUAAGUGGGGGUCAAACAGCAACUGUUUGUUCGAGUACAGCUAACUAGUCAGGGGUGGCUGACACCCCCAUAUGUGCCAUGAUACUUUGGAUUUCUGUGUUUAAAUUGUGCUGAUUGACCACAAGGUGAAAGAACUGACCUCGUGGUUAGAAAAAAAAUCAAAAGGUUUAGAAUUUAUCGAUGCGAAAAGUUGGAAAUCCUGGACAUAUAUGUGCAUUUAAAAAUUUGACAGAGGGCUCUCUAACAGCUUUGGCUCUGGAGUUGUGUCCAGUUUGAUAAGUUGUUCAAUUUGUGUUAUAUAAUUCAAUCACAUGUGCUUUGUGUGGCUUUUUACUAUAAUACACAUAGUCUUACUGAAAUACUAUUAUUGUAAGGAAAUGUUCUCAUCAGUGCAAUCUGAAAACUAAAAAUAUAAAUAGCUGUUUAAACAAGUGGGUUGAAUACUGUUUAUUCUGAAAACUGUUUUUAGUAUAGAUAACAGAAAAACUUCAUUGAAAUAUAUCGUGUUUGUAGCAUGUCGAUCAUCAUUGCUACAAUGGAAUCAAGCUCGAUGGGCUGCACUGUUUGAAUGUACUGCAAAUAGACUGUCUUAUAUUAACGAACGUUUGUACAGCUUUACAGGUCAGCGACGUAAAUCAGAAGUAAAAUACAUUUAAAAAAAAUCUGUCUUUACUUUCGUGUCCCCUGAGCCAGAGCUUUGUGGGUUUUUCAUGUUUAAUUGUUAAAAUAGAUUAAAGCACAGAGGUUGUGCUACUCGACAACAAAAUAAGAGACAUUGUUUAAAGAAACUACACUAGGACCAAGACCUCAUUGCUUUCUCUUCGGUCUCUUUAAAAUCUUCUGCUGCUGUAUAUUGGCUUUGGACGCUGAACAGCAGCCGUAUUAAUGAAUAACAUAACCGCUCCAAGCCCUAAAUACUGAAGCAAGCUUAACAAACGUUGAUUUUCUUCUCGCAGUUACACCUCAACUUGUUGUCGGUUUGGUAAAUUCUCUGUAAUAUUUGACUGUGAUACUUUAGAUGCUGCCAGAAUUGUAUUUCUAUGUUGGCACUACGUCAUUACUUAAUAUAUAUAUAUUAAUAUUUUGUUUGAAAAUAAAACGCUGUCUC